AUGCCAUACAAAAUAUUUCAGAAGCCUGGUACAGAUAGUUUUGGACCUGCUUUAUCCACCCCAAAGGAAAGAGAAUGGGAAGAGUGGGGAAACAAGUGGUUGAAAUUCGGAGGAGAGGAUGAACACCUGGAGAAUGUCAUUGCCCACAGCCAAUGGAAGAGACACCUGGAGGUAAUGAAGGUGAAUGUCCUGGAACAGGUACACAAUCAGCUGAGUGAUCUCUUGAACAAGACCUUGGAAGAAGCAGCUCAUUCCAUACCCUGGCAUUUGAGGAUGCGGUUCCUGAUGAAAAGCCACUCAUUUCUGCGAGAAUCGAUGCCCCCUCUUCUCCAUGCCAGGGACCACAUAAGCCCUCCUGAAUUAUCAACGUACUUGUAUUUUCUUUUCUGUCCUACUUUGAUCUACAGAAAGAGCUAUCCAAGAGAUCCAUACAUCCGCUGGAGUUACGUCAUCCAAAAAUUGGUUGAGUUCCUGUCGAGUAUAUAUUUUGUGAAUUUCCUUAUGAAAUACUCCUUCAUCCCUAUGUUCAAAAACAUGCAUAAGCAGCCCUUCACCAUCAAAAUCCUGCUACUUUCCAUCUUUGAUUCAGUAGUACCUGGGAUAACUCUGGCACUCAUGAUCUUCUAUUUCUUCCUGCACUGCUGGCACAACAUGUUUGCUGAGAUCCUGCGCUUUGCAGACCGUUCUUUCUACAAGGACUGGUGGAAUUCCAGAUCAUUCUCUGGAUUCUUUCGGACAUGGAAUGUGAUUGUACACGACUGGCUGUACUACUAUAUUUAUCAAGAUAUUCUGCGGCUGUUUGGAGGGAGAGCCCGAGGUGGAGCCAUGCUGAUUGUCUUCCUUCUCUCAGCGGUUGUUCAUGAAUACCUACUCACCUUGGUCUUUAGCAUGUUCUUUCCUGUCAUGUUUGUGCUAUUUACCACGAUUGGAGCAUUGCUUAACUUUAUUCUCAAUGAUAAGAGAAAAAACCCUGUCUGGAACAUCAUCAUAUGGAUAUGCUUCAUUUUGGGCAUGACGACCAUUUUCUCCUUAUUCAGCCAUGAGUGGUUUGCACAUGCCCACUGUCCAUUCAAGGAGAAGACCUUCUGGCGGCUAGUGACUCCACGUUCCUGGUCUUGCCACCAAUAA